AAUUAACAAAAAUUGAAAAAGAUGGAUGACGAUUAAAGACUUCAAAACAUAUCAAAUCAAUUGGAUAGGUAUUAAUAUUCAUAUUGAUGUCAAAUAGAAUGAAAUUUGAAUUUAAAAUCAAAUUCGAGAAACAAUCCGAAAUUUUAGAGAAACAAUCCAAGAUUUUAGAAGCGAAUUCAUAAAAAAUUUAAUAACUAGAAUAAUAGAUUAAUGAGUUAGACAAUUAUAUUAAAAUUAGCUUGCAGGUAGACAAUUCAAAAAAAUAAUAAGAAAUCGAUAGUUUAAAAGUGGGAUAAAACAAGUAAUUAUAGAAUGCAUUAAUUUCAGACUCACUAAUGAUUUUAAGAAAAUUUGGAAUAAUUUAAGUUCUGUGUUGAAAAUAUAAAGAGAAGAAUCGCAAAUGAAGUCAACUCUAUCAGCUUAUUAAGAAUAAUCAACACUGUAAAUUGAUUCACAAUUUUAGUUAAUAAGAUCAAUCUUCGUAAACCAAAUAAUUCAUUCAACAAGAAUUCUAAAGUCGAUUUCUUCUAAUUAAAGACACACUAUUGAAAAAAUCAGAAUUCAAUGAAUAUUCCUAAAAGGUUGAAGAAUAAUUUGAAACACUUAGAUAAUAACUGUAAACUUUCACUUAGCAUUCAUCACCAGAUAUUGAAUUUCGGGCUAGAAAAGAGUCCAUCUCGAGCAAACCCCCGUAAUUUCAAUUCCAAUAUCCUCCAUUUAAGGGAGAUGCUUAAGCAAUGAAAUAGUAUUUAUGCUUUACUAACUUACAAGGUAGUUAGAAAAAAAGGAAUAAGUAUAAAUCUUAAGCACAUAAUAUUAAGAUAAAUGA